AUGAGUGCUUCUUCUUCCUCUAAUUGUGACAAUCAAAAUAAAACUGCUAAAACAAAAUUAAAUGAAAAUGGAGAAGAAAAAGAAAAGGAAGAAAAUUCCAUUCCUGGACCAAAACCUCCAAAAACAGCCAAAAAAGAAUAUAUCGAAAUUCUUUUAAAUCCUCCCGAAGAAAGAAUAAAAAAGAAGAAUAAAAAUAUUUGUGAACGUAUUCUUUCGAGACUUAAAAAUCGAGAAGUUUUUGGAAAUUCUCUUUCUUUGCCCAACAUUUUUGAAUUAAAUAAAAGAAAUUCUUCUGUUCAUCAAAGAGAUUUAAAAGCACAUACAGGCUGUGUUAAUGCUGUAGAUUUUUCGCCAAAUGAAGAAUGGAUUGUUAGUGGAGGUGACGAUUUAAAAGUCCGCCUUUGGAAAACAGUUGAUUGCUGUACUUCUGAAACUCCCUCAUUAACUAGCGUUACGAUGAAAUCAAUUCAUCAAUCAAAUAUUUUUGCUCUUCGAUUUUCUCACAAAACUGAAAGAGUUUAUUCUGCUGGGAAUGACCAUCGACUUUUGGUUCAUGAUAUGAGGACUCUUGGACGUCUUUGUACUUAUCGGGCAGCUUCUUCUAUUUAUCAUAUUUCCACUCAUGUAAUUUGUUUUUUUGUUAAUUUUGGCUUUUUUGAGACUUUGUUUAGGGUUUUCUUUAAGUUUAAUUUAUUUUUAUGGAUUAGAAAAGCGCGUGCAGAUACACACAAAGCUCUCUGUUUUAUAACUUUACCAGUCGAUGACAACAUGAUUGCAGCCUCUUCAGAUGAUCGAAACGUUUAUUUGUUUGAUUUGCGGGGUGGGGAAGGUGAUGGAAUGUGUACAAAAUUAAAACAGGAGGGACGUGCUUAUUCUGUUUGUUGGAAUCCUUUAAAUCACAAUAUUGUAGCUGUUUGUAAUGAAAAAACAGGAUUGGUUAUUUAUGAUUUGAGGAUGGGAAUAAAUAAUUAUGUUGAAGCUGGAAAAAUUACUCGUCGCGCAAUUUGUUCAGAUUGGUCACCAAAUGGUGAAGCACUUUUUUGUGUUAUGAGUCGUUCAAAUCCUGUAGUUUUUAAUUUAUCUACCUCAGAAUAUGUUCAUUUACGUGAUCCAAAUUAUUCAAAUUUUUGUACAAUUAAAUCUUGCACGUUUGCUGGUCAUAAUUUUAUGUGCACGGGCAGUGAUGAUUGGAAUAUUUAUGUUUGGGAAAUGCCAACAGAUUGGAGCGACAAAAAUGAAGAAAAUGAGUAUACCAGUAACGCCUACACUGUCCUACGUGGGCAUCGCUCAAUAGUCAAUCAUGUUAAAUAUGGCUCAAAAAGUGGAUUAAUGUUGUCUUGUGGAGUGGAAAAAAUUGUCAAAUGUUGGAGUCCUUUGCCAUUAUUUAGUUCCUAUAGCAAUCCAAAACUGAGAACAAAACUUUCAAAUGCACGUCUUUUUCCGUAUGUGGAUAUGGGUGAUCCACAUGGGGAUUCUGAUAUUGAAGAAGAUUUGAGCACAUUACAUCGUUUUGAUUAUUAUUAUGAGUCUUUACGAAUGCGUCAGUCUAAUGGAAUUGUGGAAGAUUCCGAUUCGGAUUCUGAUAUGGAUUCAAAUUAUUCUUCUGGAUUUCUUUUGUAUCAGAAUAAUGCAAAUAAUGGAAGUAACAAUGGAGAUGACCAAGAAUCCUAUUUUAGUGGUAUAAGUGCCGGUGGGGAUGUUGAAGAUUCGUCAACAUCAGAAAAUGCUUCAAUUUCUAGUCAACCCCUUGGUCAUUCUGUUGGGGGAGGGGGAGGCCAUAAUAAUUUCGAUGAUGCUUUUUAA